AUGGAUUCAAAGAAUUAAUGGAAUUAAAAAUCAUCAGUACAAGAGUUUGGGAUUCAGAAAUCAACUUUAGCUAAACCAGUGCACCAACAAGUAAAACCAACCCAGUAGGUGCCUCCUAAGAAUGAACUAGAGUAGAAUCAGCUUGUGCGUCGUGUGACGAAACGAAACAUUGCUAUAAAAAAGUCAAUGGCUACAGAUGAAGGAACAAUCUAUGAGACAUUUGAGCCGUUGAUGAAGCCACAGACUCUUUAAGAUAUAGCAUUUAUAGUAAAAUGCUUUUAAUCGCAUUUUGUGUUUUCUUCCAUGAAUGAAACUUAAUUAAUACAAUUAGCAAAGAGCAUGUUCUAUUGCAGACUGGUGAUUGGAUAAACUAUCAUAAAGUAAAGGGACGGAGCUAGUUCUUUUUUUGUGUUGGAAAAGGGAAAGAUAAAUGUGUUGGUGGAUGGACUCUCUAGAAAAUAACUCACUCAAGGCAAUGGAUUUGGUGAAUUGGCACUAUUGUACAAUGCUCCAAGAUCAGCAACUUGUGUGGCUAUGGAAGAGUGCUUUUUGUGGGGAAUAGACAGACACACCUUUAGAAAAAGUGUUGAAAACGUCAUGAGGAGUGAACAGGAGAAGAAUAGAUAGCUCUUAGAAUAAGUUAAGUUUUUCAAUUAAUUGACCAAGGAUUAAAAAGACGCAAUUUCAGGAGUGUUGAUUCUGUAAAAGUUUAAUCAAAACGAAGUUAUUGUCAAUGAGGGGGAUCAAGCUAGUUCAUUCUAUAUAAUAGUCGAAGGCAAAUGCGGAGUCUUUAACAAGGAAGACGUUUAGAUUGCAACUCUGAAUUCUAAGGAUUCAUUCGGUGAAUCUGCAUUGAAACACGACAAUCAAAUUAGAAUGAUGACUAUCAAAGCCAUCGAAAAAGAUACUAAAGUGGUGGCUUUGGGAAAAGAUAUGAUUACCUAAAUUCUAGGUGAUAAAGUGCAAUAUAUCAUCUAUAAGAAUAUUUGUAAAUGGGCAUUGAAUAGAUCGAAAUUAUUUGGAAAAGUUCCUGGAGGCAUUUAAGAUAAAUUACUUGAAGGGGUUAUUUAUAGGAAAUAUGUUCCAGGAUAAAAAAUAAUAAAUAAAGGGGAUAAAGUUGGAUUCUUGUAUAUAGCUUUAGAAGGCAAUGUGUUGGAUGAACAGAAAAAGGCCAUCACCAAUAAUAUUGUAAAUGAAGAAUCUUUGUAUGAUGAAGUUGCCAACUCCAAGCAUUUAUUAUCCUUUACUAUGGAAACAGAAGGACAUGUUGCUGUGAUAGAUUAUGACAAAUAUCGUAAUACGCAUGGAAGUGUUGAAAAACUAUCAGAAAAUGAUUAAAGUAAUGCUAACUCAAAAGAAUUCUAAUAAUCCAAUGAUUUAGUCAAAUCAUUUUAAUUGAAAGAGCUGAUUUUCCUUAAUAAGCUCGGAUCAGGGUAGUUUGGAUCGGUGUAUCUUUGCAAGAACAAAAACUUGGAUACACUAUUUGCACUCAAGUAUGUGACUAGAGCUCAUAUCCAAUAAUAUGGGAUAUAAAAACAUGUCUAAUAGGAAAAAGCUGUAUUGGAAAUAAUGAAUCACCAAUUCAUACUUAAGUUUUACCGUUCAUUCAAGGAUGGAGAAAAUAUCUACUUUCUUACAGAGUAUAUUCCAGGCGAAGAGUUGUUUGAUGCAAUCAGAGAAAUAGGCUUGUUAGGUAAAUAUGAUUCUCAAUUUUACACUGCACAAAUGAUUCUUCAGAUGGAAUAUUUACACUCUGUCCAUUAAAUUGUAUAUAGAGAUAUUAAACCUGAAAAUAUUAUGGUUGAUCAACAUGGUUAUCUAAAAUUGAUUGAUAUGGGAACUGCAAAAUGUCUGAAAAAUGUUUCUCCUCCUAAAACAUUCACUAUUAUAGGAACUCCUCAUUAUAUGGCUCCAGAAGUUAUUUCUGGUAAGGGUUAUGGAUACUUUGCCGAUUUGUGGAGUGUAGGAUGUUGUCUCUAUGAAUUUAUAUGCGGAGGUUUACCUUUUGGAGAAGAUCAAGAUGAUCCUUUCGAAAUCUACAAAGAAAUUGUUAAGAAUCCCAUUCAUUAUCCACAAUAUAUGACUGAUAAGACAGCCACGACAAUCAUUGAAUAAUUGAUGAAUAAGAUUCCUGAAUGCAGAUUGGGAGGAUCUUAUUCCUCUCUCAAAAACAAUUAAUGGUUCUCGGACUUUGAUUGGAAUAAAUUGAUGUCAUAACAACUUUAGCCUCCAUUGAUUCCAAAAAAAGAAAAAUUAAUGAAUGAAACAUAAAUUUAAGAAUAAAUAAAAAAGAACAUUUUGGUUAUAGAUUAGAUCUAAAAAGAUACUAUGGGAUCCAAAAAGGUCUUUGCAUAACCAAAAGAUACCGAAUGGGAUUCAGUAUUUUGAUUAUAAAUUCUAUAUAGAAAAUAAAUUAUGAUCGUUAUUAUUAUCUA